AUGAGUACUCCUGACCACGAUUCCAGCUCUGGCGUGAUGCCUUCUUUCAACACGCAGUCUGCGGAGGGUCUACCAUAUACCAAUCCCGAGUGGCUCUCCCAAUCCCUUAUAAGUCCCAGCGUGACCUCGGUGGCGGAGAACGCUGAAGCCAAGCAUUCGAUCAAUCCUCCUCUCGAUGAAAGCGACCCAGGACUGCGCGCUUGCCCGAUGUCAGAAUCGCAUUUUGAACUUGACCAAUCAGGAUCUCGAUAUUCUCAUGUCACUUCAAUCCCCUCGUCUCUUGAGCCGCUCAGUGAGACGUUUGAAGUCUUCACAUGGCGACCAACCUGGUUACCUGACAGAGAGUCGUGGUCGCCACGUCAAUCGGUGGGUGGAACGUACGUGAGGAAGCCUGAGGUCGUGCGCGGAAUAGGCGUCAGCCUCCGCCGAAGUGGCGGCUGUUACCGCCGGAAGUUACUCAGAGUCAUACCGCCGCAAGAAGAUCUGAUUGCAGACUGUGAUAUUCGCACGAGCAGACUGCUGGUGACCAAGACUCACUGUCUUUAUACUGAGAAUAUAUUAGGUUAUAGAAGCUGUUUAUUAGGUUUGUCAUUACAUUUUUCAUUGGACAAAAAAAAACUGGCGGGACUGCCCUCCCCUUACGGUCAAUUGUGGUCAAUUGUUGAUGCAUGGAAUCUUCCCGUGCAGGUUUUCGAGCCGUGUUCCAUCCUCGUCGCCCACAUGCAAGGAUCAAACACUCGGAAAUCAGUCUUUCAUUGUUUCCCGGACCGAAGGAUCCAGGGACUCGAGAUCCAAUUAUUAAGGUAUCCCAUCCUAUUUGCUUGCUAUAUUUACAUUCAGGACAUAAGAGGUCAUUCCCACUUUUUUCUGCCCCAGGCAAUUCACCCUAGUCAAGGAGUUGUCCACACGACUGGAGAACCUACUACGGUGCAUCACGGUAGAGAUACUUCAUAUGGCCUCUCGCUUGGUGUCAAUGCCUAUGGAAAAGUGGAUCUUACACAUACUCGUUCUCGAUCCCAAGACACAACUUCAUCAGGAAGUAUUUUCAGCUCGGGGAUUGAAACAAACAAAUUGUUAUUGACGCUGCAGGAGGAUCGUGAGGCGCGUGACGGAGUCCUCUCAAACACACAAGCAUUUGAAGCACGCUUGACUGUGAUAUCUAGGCGAGGUGCCGACUUCACUGUAGACCCCAGGGGGUGGGGCCCAAUAUCAAAGACUUGGACUAUGCAGUAUGACGGAAUGGCUGAGCUUGGAAGACCUACAUUGACACAGUCUCCUGAUGGAUCGAGAAAUUUAUUUUCGGUCUCUAAUAUUGAAAGUGAAUAG